UUAGUCAGUGGUAUUUGAACUUUAGACUAUGAAGGGGAGGGUUUGGACGUCGGAAAUGGCCACUGUGAGGAAAAACACACUCAGAUAGUUUCGGUUAACUCACAGAAAGGAUUUUCUGCUUCCCAAAAAGGAGAAACUGUAAGUAUUAAAAGCUUUGCGAAGCCCUAUAACUCACAGGAAAUGAUUUGGCUGAACAUAGUUUGAAUUAGAGGGACGAGGGAAGAACAGCCUACUUUUGAAGCGCUGUGCGGACAACAGGUGAUAGAACACCGGAUGGUUUACCUGAGAGACAGGUUUGAACAUUUAUAACCUAAAGAAGCGACUACAAGGAAGAUGGUUUUCUCUGCUUAUGUAAGCUUCUUCAGUUGGAUCUUAUCUAAGUAAAUAACUUCCCGAGGAUACGGCAGUAUGUAUAAGGGGAGCAGUGGACCCACCAGCUCUGAGGAACAUUUUAAUGACCCUGUGGGAGAAGCAGCACAGCCCUCCGAGGAACCAAAAGACUCAGAAGCUUCAUGCAAUAAUGUAAGAACCUCAGAUUCCCCUAAAAGCAGAAUAGCAAGCCAAUUCCGCGCAAAUCUUGAGGAGCGAUUGUCAAGACAUGGUGCUCGACCUUCGUCUCCUGCGCUCAGCGCCUCCUCUCGCAGAUCCAGAUUUCAGAAACAGCUGGAGGAACCGGGAAGCAGCGCCUCCCGCAGACUAUCAGUUGAUACGUCGGGCUCCAUCACCCCCGCUAUGCGAAAGAAGUAUUUGAAAGAGUUGUUGUUGAACAAUAAGUCUGGAUUGUCAAGUAUUUUAUCAUCCAAACACAUAUCGUCAGAAGAAGAGGAUGCAUCGGCAUCGUAUGGAGACACUUUGAACAGCGGCGCAAUCUGGGCUUUGGAUCCCAUGGAGCACGCUUGGAUGCUUUCAGCUGUGGAUGGAAAUUAUGACACUAUGUUGGAAUUUCUCGCGGAGGAUUCCAGUUUAUUAAGCAGAAAAGACUUUAUCAGUGGUUUUACGGCUCUCCACUGGCUAGCGAAAAAUGGAAAGGACGAGACGUUGAUUCAGCUCCUCAGACAUGCAGAAAAAGAGGGGCUGUCAGUGAAUGUGAACUUGAGAGGUAGUGGAGGGCUGACGCCUCUUCAUGUAGCUGCCAUGCAUAACCAGUACAUGGUUGUCAAGGCUUUGGUUGGGGCAUUCAGUGCUAAUAUAGACAUCAUGGACUACAGUGGGAAAAGAGCAUGGCAGUAUCUCAAGGACAAAGCACCGAGAGAAAUGAAGGAGCUUCUGGGAGCCUGGGAUGAUGAACACUCUGUUGGGUACUUGAAUGUCAAUAACAGUGCGAGUCAAGCACAGCCUGUUGACGAACAUUCUCAAGAAAAGAGAGUCGAGGUGGAUGGUUCGGGAGGAAUCUCACGCCAGAGGUUCUCUUCAUUUAGGAGGCUGUUAUACAACAUUGGUCUGAUUGAAAAUAUUUGAGGCGUGGACAUCAAACAUCUUUUCAGCCAUCUGUUGCAAAUCCAGCCACUGGAAAAUGUCAACUCUGACAUUUGCCAUUUUCACAAAAGAGGAGUAUACGAAUACUUCUGGUUCGAUGACAAAUCUUUUAUUGUUCAGCAAGGACAUAACCAGAAUAUCUGUACAAAAGAGACACUGCUGUCCCAGAUAGCAUGGCUUCUCUCCAGCUCCGGACGAGUUGGUGGUCCUGGCAAAGAACAGACGGAGGGGGGGGGGAA